AGACUACCUAAAAUGCCAAAAAAAUCUCCAAAAGCAAAUGAUCAGAAUAUAUUUGAAGAUUCUAUAAAUAGCAAAAAUGCCAACAUUGACCUCUUUGAGGAAGAAUUUAAUGAAGAAUUUUCACAAAUUAACAUUGAGGCAACGAACCUUGAAAUGGAAAAUGAACUAGCAAUAGAACAAUUUUUUAAUAUUGGAAUGCUUGAACGAAAUCAAGAGAAUAUAAUUGAAGACUAUUCAGUUGUUAAUUCUCAACGACCUACCAAUAGUACUAAUGAAGAUUGGUCAGUUGACAAUAUCUUCUUUCAAUAUAAUACUAGUUAG